ACUGAUCCAGAUCAACCGCUUGUCAUUCGCCUAACCGCUAUUUAUCUGUUGCCCAGCUGGACCACCAGCGAGGUCAAGACGAGGGAUACGAAAGAACGCGACUAUUUGAGUGCCGCUGGCACGGCGUUGUUACUGCGGAAUUACACCUUCUGCCAAUGUUUUCGAGACACCAAACGGGUGUCUCGAGAACGAAUCUCCGUUCACUUGGCGGCCCACAACAAACGCUUGCUUUGGCUCUCGUCCUAUGAAUUCGGACAUCCAAGCUUCUGGGCAUCAUCACCCUCCCCCUGGAAGAUUGGCAGACGCGCAAUUAUGCCAGAACACAAAUGGUUCCGCUGGCUUAGGUAGAGCACUGAAGACUCUUGAUCAGGGCUGUGCUGGAACGGCCCUUGGCGUCCCUAGCAAGCCUAUGUGUUUUGGCUUCCUCUGAACUCUUGUAGGUUCUUCCGUCCAUCUGUCUCAUCUUUCAACUCUCUCUGUCUGUCUGUUAUUAUCCCACAACUAUACUAUUUCCCCCAAUCACCUACCCUCGCUGUUCAGUCUUCAUCGCCUAGUCAAUCGUUACCUCGAGGGCGCGGAGCUCUCGCAUUUCCUUUCUGCGUAUUCAGCGCUAUCUUCUUUCGUUAAUCGCCCGGCACAUUGGACAUUAUGAGGUGGAGUACAGUUAUAGGAACAGGGUCGCUGUGGAUAAUGGGAGUUAAGGCGGCUAUCCCACUGGACCUAACCUCGAGACAAUCGAUAGUUGACGCUGCUGGCACUGUUGCAUACGAUCUGAUGACCUACUACACUGGAAACAGGACUGGAGACACGCCUGGAAACUUGCCAGAUCCAUACUACUGGUGGGAGGCUGGGGCUAUGUUUGGAACGAUGAUCAACUACUGGUAUUACACUGGAGACACAACAUAUAAUACAGUGACAAAGCAGGCCCUAUUACAUCAAGUAGGCGAUAAUAAUGAUUUUAUGCCGUUGAAUCAGACAAAGACCUUGGGAAACGACGAUCAGGGGUUCUGGGGAAUGGCUGCUAUGACCGCUGCAGAGACAGGAUUUGACGACCCUCCAGAGGGCUCUCCCGGAUGGCUUGCCUUGGCUCAAGGAGUUUUCAACACACAAGCACCUCGAUGGGAUACUUCGACUUGCGGAGGAGGUCUGAGAUGGCAGAUCUUCCCGUUCAACAGCGGAUACACAUAUAAGAACAGUAUCUCGAAUGGCUGCUUUUUCAAUCUUGCUGCGAGGUUAGCUUUAUACACGGGCAAUGCAACGUACGCAGAAUGGGCAGAGAAGACCUGGGUUUGGAUGAAUGAUAUCGGGCUUAUCAAUGAGAAGUUCGAAGUCUUUGACGGAACCCAGAACACGGACAACUGUACCUCGAAAGAUCACAACAAGUGGACGUACAACACAGGUAUCUUCCUCAUGGGUGCUGCCACUAUGUAUAAUUACACUAAUGGCGCCGAUAUCUGGAAAUCACGCACCGAGUCUCUCAUCACUGCCUCGAAGCAAUUUUACCUCGACGGAAUCCUGUACGAGCCUUGUGAACCGACCGGAAAAUGUAACGUCGACCAACGUUCUUUCAAAACAUACUUCAUCCGCGAACUGGCUGCGACAGCUGAACUCGCACCAUGGACGCACGAUAAUAUCAUCAAAGAGAUCGAAACAUCUGCCCUUGCUGCAGUGAAGACAUGCACAGCAGGUGCCACUGGAACACAGUGCGGGUUGAAGUGGACAACAGGAUCGAACGAUGGAAGCCUAGGAGUAGGAGAGCAGAUGGCAGUACUCGAGGCUAUACAGAGCAACUUGGUGGAUCAGGCCCCUGGAUGGAAGAGUGAUGUCAAAGGCACGGGUACCAGCUCGGGAGAUUCCAAUGCAGGAUCGGGCAGCAAAACCAAUCCGGACGAGCUAGCACAGAUUGUGAUCACGACUGGUGAUAGGGUUGGAGCAGGAAUCCUCACAGCACUUGUAAUAUGCGGCGUAAUAGGAGGGAGCGCCACUAUGAUUUUGGGUGUCUAGGCGCAUUGCAUAUUAGUAUUUUUAUUGUUUAGUUUUUUGUACCAAGUACUGCAAGGCAGUCGUAAAUUCCCUAUGUAACAUACGAAAUAGAGGCUUUCGAUC